CAUUAUAUGUAUUAGCAGCCGAUAUCACAGUCACACGUGUUGUAUAGACAAGAAUGGCAAAGAAGGGACAUUUAAAGCGUAAAAGAAGUGAAAAAACUGACGGAACGCAAAAUGAUGGGAUAGGAAGUGAUGGAAAUAUUAAUUCUGCAUCACCCAAACGGAUGAAAGUUUCAGCAGGAUUUCCUACCAUUGAUGGGUAUUCUUCGGAUGCAGACAUAGACACCAGGGCAUUGGUUAAACAACAGAACAGGAAAAAGAAAAAGUCUGGAGGUUUCCAAUCUAUGGGUCUUAGCCAUGCGGUUUUUAAAGGUAUCAUGAAGAAAGGAUAUAAAAUCCCUACACCUAUACAACGAAAAUGCAUACCGAUUAUCAUGGAAGGACAAGAUGUUGUGGGAAUGGCACGAACAGGGAGUGGUAAGACGGCAGCCUUUCUCCUUCCCAUGCUGGAGCGACUCCAGAGACGAUCGGCCCAGUCUGGUGCUAGAGCUCUGAUCCUGUCACCCACCAGGGAGCUGGCUCUGCAAACACUGAAAUUCACCAAGGAGCUAUCUCGUUACAUGGAUCUGAGGUCAGAGGUCAUCCUUGGAGGUGACCGGAUGGAUGACCAGUUUGCAGCCCUUCAUGAGAACCCUGACAUCCUGAUUGCUACCCCUGGUCGUCUUCUUCACGUCCUGGUUGAGAUGGACCUCAAGCUCAUGCAAGUGGAGUAUGUGGUCUUUGAUGAGGCAGACAGGUUGUUUGAAAUGGGAUUUGCUGAGCAGUUGAACGAGAUACUAUCCAGGCUACCAGACAAUCGUCAGACCUUGCUCUUCUCUGCCACCCUUCCGAAGAGUCUGGUGGAAUUUGCCAGUGCUGGUCUGAGUGAACCAGUGUUGGUCAGAUUAGAUGUAGAAUCAAAGAUUAGUGAUCAGCUAAAGAAUAUGUUUCUAUACACGCGGGAUAAUGACAAGACAGCAGUGUUGUUGCACCUUUUACGUUCUGUCAUCCAGCCCAAUCAGUUGACAGUUGUCUUCUUGGCUACAAGGCAUCAUGUAGAAUAUGUCAGGGAGUUGCUAGAUCAGGCAGGCAUCAGCUGCACCUACAUAUACAGUGCCCUGGACCAGGCUGCAAGGAAGAUCAACGUUGCCAAGUUCACCCACAAGAAGACUCAUAUCCUCCUUGUAACAGACAUUGCUGCCCGAGGUAUUGACAUCCCUAUGCUUGAUGUUGUCAUCAAUUUCCACUUCCCAGGCAAACCAAAGCUAUUUGUUCAUAGAGUCGGUCGUGUUGCCAGAGCAGGAAGGACUGGUACAGCCUACUCCCUUGUAGCUCCUGAUGAAGUACCAUACCUCAUAGACCUUCAUCUGUUCCUGGGCAAGGAUAUUGCACUCUUCAAGAAGGAUGAUAAGAUUUCUGGAGAAGACACUGGGAAGCUUGGUCGAGUUCCUCAGUCGGUGGUCGACGACGAGGAAAGCCUUUUGAGGAACUAUCACAAGAUGAGCACCGACCUGGCAGGUCUGAAGAGGCCCGCAUCCAAUGCCAUGAAGAAUUUUCUAAGGUCGCGACCUUUGCCCUCUCCCGCUAGUGUCAAGAGGUCAAAAGAGAUUGACCCCAUAGAUAUAGCAUAUCACCCCAUGUAUGGAAUUCAAGACAGUGAUCAAGAAAACACAAGAGUGCAGCUUGUUGAUGAGAUCAAGAGCUACAAGCCACACUCUACAAUCUUUGAGAUCAACUCCACUGCUAAGAACAUAGCUCAUGGCAUCAUGCAAUCCAAGAGGAAACUACAUAACAAAGUGAUCAACAGGAAUAUACUGAGACUGGAGGAGAGAAAGAAAGAUGAGCAAGCUAUGAAAAGAGUCGCCAUGGAAACGGAAGAAGAUGGAGAUGCUGAUAAUGCAUUCUCAGUUGUAAUCAGCUCAGCUGGCAAGAAGAAGAACAAGAAGGAUGGAGCAUCUCAGAGGUCAUUGCCCUUUACACAGAGUGCUGUCAGAGAUGAGAAUGUAUUCAUUUCAUACACAGCACCAGACAAACAGAUAGAACAAGGGUUGAGCAUAGAAAGUAACUUUGAGCAGCAAGCAGCGGGAGCAGUCUUAGAUUUUACACAAGAUGAAUCCAAAGAAAUGAGAAAACAACAACAAAGAAAAAAAUGGGAGAGGAAAAAGAAGAAGUUUGUUGGAGAUGGAGGGAAGGACGGCAAGCAGAAGAAGAUUAUGACGGAGAGUGGAAAAUACAUCUCGGCAUCUUACAAGAAAAACAUAUACAAAGAAUGGUUACAGAAGAGUAAGGCAGACUCACGGGAUCACCAUCACUCUGACAGUGAGGGUGAGGACGGUGAGAGUGGCAGGUCGGGUUUCAACAAAGGAGGCAUCACAGGGAACAGAAUCCGCUAUGGUUCCAAGCGAGGGGGCAAGCACUCGGGUACAAGGAGGAGAGGUCGUCAUGAAGACACCGGCACAGAGCAAGGUCAGGGGUCAAAGGGUCGUCUUGGGGGUGAACUCCGGAGGAAAGAAGAGAUCCUGAAGCAGAGGAAGAUCAAGGGGCGCAAACAGGAGCAGAGUAGACCCAGGGCACAGCGACAAGGGGGGCGUGGUGGUGGUAAGGGUAGGGGGAGGGGUGGAGGUAGGGGCGGAGGUGGUAGGGGUGGAUUUGGGCGUGGCGGUGGUAGGGGAGGCCGUGGCAAAGGCAGGAGGUGACGAUAGACGAUAUUUCAUAGCUUACUUGUCUUCCUUACGGGAUGUUGCAAGAGACUUAAGUUCAAUUCCAAAUCAAGCGGAAGUCCCCAAAUCAAGUGUAAUAAAGCAUUGCAAUCAAGUUUGCUAUUUGCUAUUGAACGUGAAAAUAAGUAGGAAUUUAUGUUCAGUCUUAAGACUAAUAGAUGCUUGAUUUCGUAAUAAAUGUAAGUUUCUUUUAAUGCUCUAUUUGAUAUGCCUAGAGAGGACACUGAGAAUAUCAAGUUCCUUUUAAUCA